AACGGGGAAUUAUGAAUGAAUGAAAGUCACACGGCGUUGAUAGUGGGAGGCGUGUUUUUAACUCUCUGCACAUGUCCGAGGACCGUCUGGGGAAACAGAUCGCAUCUCCGGCGUCUCCUUUUGGAUUAGAGCCGUGCGUAAAAGUUGGGAGUGUUUAAAAGAAAUGGACAAUAAAAUGCUGGCGACCGCUCUGUUCCUGCUGUCGUGCUGGGGAUCCUGCGCGUCGGCCACGCGCGUCUCCUUCUCCAACUUCUCCGUGGACAACGAGGUGCGCUCCAGCUUCAUCCACCGGAGACUGCGGAGCCAGGAGCGCAGGGAGAUCCAGCGGGAGAUCCUCUCCAUCCUGGGCCUGCCACACCGCCCGCGGCCGCACGCUCGCACCAAGCACAACGCCGCGCCGACGUUCAUGCUGGAUCUGUACAACACCGUGUCCACGGAGGCAGAGCCGCGCGCUUUCUCGCGGUACAGGGCGGUUCUGCAGGGUCAGGCGUCGGCGGCGGUGAGCCCGCAGGACGGCCGCUUUCUGGACGACGCGGACACGGUGAUGAGCUUCGUCAAUCUCGCUGACGGGGAUCGUGACCUCCUGGUCUGGCCGCACACGCAAGCGUUUCGGUUCGACGUUUCCCGUAUUCCAGAGGGCGAGGCCAUCACUGCCGCAGAGUUCAGGAUCUACAAGGACUUCAUCCGGGAGCGUGACGGGAACGAAACCUUCAGAGUCAGUGUCUACCAGGUCCUCCAGGAGCCUCCAGACAGCGAAGUGGCACUGCUGCUGCUGGAUCAGCGAGACGUUUGGGCUUCAGAUGACGGAUGGCUUGUGUUUGAUCUGACCGCCACCAGCACCCUGUGGCAGCUCAGCCCUGAGCAGAACCUGGGACUGCACCUGGUGCUCGAGGACGACAACGGCCAGAAGAGGAAUCCCCGAAGAGCUGGGCUGCUGACUGGGAGUGGGCCUAAAGACAAGCAGCCUUUUCUCGUUGUCUUUUUUAAAGUCAACGAGGUGCGGUUCCGUGGCGCUCGCUCGGCCCCAGGCCAAAAGGGACGGCAGUCAAACCGCUCCAAACAACAGAAGGCGGUCCAAGAAGCACUGAAGGCAGCAGAGGGCGGAUCUGAUGCCAUCGGAUUAUCAAAAGAGGGCUGUAAGAAACACGAGCUCUAUGUCAGUUUCAGAGACUUAGGAUGGCAGGACUGGAUAAUAGCGCCGGAGGGCUACGCUGCGUAUUACUGUGAGGGCGAGUGUGCUUUCCCUCUCAACUCUGACAUGAAUGCCACCAAUCACGCCAUCGUGCAAACUCUGGUGCACUUCAUCAACCCGGAGACAGUCCCCCAGCCCUGCUGCGCCCCAACGCAGCUCAAUGGCAUCUCGGUGCUGUACUUUGACGACAGCUCCAACGUCAUCCUCAAGAAGUACCGCAACAUGGUGGUCAGAGCCUGCGGCUGUCAUUAACGGGUUUGUUUAAUGCCGUUUGCCCGACUUCUACAAGUGAAAAAGAAUGUCAUGAGGCAUAAAGAGGAGUGGCUGGACACAAGAGAAGAUGGACUCUCUGGUCUGCAAACGCUUUUCCCAAAGUGGUGGAUCGCUGACAAGGAGCAGCUACAGCAGACUUUCUCUAAAAGGAGAAAAUUUCAGACUUUUGAAGACUUUUCAAGCACAAACCAAACUUAGAGGAAGUUAACAGUUUGCAGAGAUUGGAUCUGAAGCAUCACAUACUGGAUUUGCAGCGGAGCGUCUGGUCUUCUGAAUGAAUCUGGGUUUCCUGGGUCAGGUGUGCGAUGUUUGACAGCUGCACACACUGCCCAGCCAAAAAAUUUUGUCACAGCAGAUCGCCUUCAGCUUUACGGCACUCGUCGUCUGAAAGCGUCCGCAGUCUGUCCAGAUUUGCCGAACAUUUUCACCCCCAUCUUUUAGAGAUGAUGGGAGAGUCACACUGCUCUGCACAUCCAAAAUAUUUUCUAUUGAGUUAAGGUUUGACCGCAUGCAACUACUCUUGCACAAUUUGAAUCCAAUGAAUCCUUGGAUAAUUGUUGUUUUUUUUUGUUAGUUUUUUUAAGGGGACACGGUUGUUUAAUUUUAAUCCCUUGAUUUUCCUUCGCGUUGUGCGUGUGGAAAUGUUUUUACUUUUACAACUGAACACAGCCUUGAGUUGUUUUAUUUUUUAACAAUUUAAUUUUCAUGAAUAGCUUAAAGUGGUGUAUUUCUGCAGUUAGUACUGGGAACACUGGGAGAAGACAGAGGAGCCAGUUUAUCACAGAUUAUCUGUCACAAUGUGAUAAUUUAAACAAAUAUGAAAAAAACAUCUUUUUCUAUAUGUACGUGUAUAUAAAAGCGACAUAGUUUAGCUUUAAGUAAUCUUUUUCUAAGCAAGAAAACAGUCGUGAUAAUUUUUUCCAAAAAUAUGUUUUUACAUAAAAAUAAUGGUUCUUCUUAAUAUUGAUCCCAAUUUUAAAAACGCAUUGGACAGUUGCUGACUCCAUCUCAGUAGGUCCAGCGGUCAUUUGCCUUCGCUUGAUGCAGGCCAAUAAUUUGAGCUUCCUGAAGCCCAUCGCCACAUUUUCCAUGAUGCGUCUUCUUAUAUGGUUGCUCCAAGAAAUGAGAUGCUACUCAUCGCACAUAACUCGUCACCUGCUGAAACUUACAAUCCACGCUGUAAUUAUCCGGUGGGAGGCUCUUACCUAUUUGCUUUGUUAAGUCCAGUUGAUGACAUGUUUGCCACCUGGCAGUGUGGAUGGACAAGGUUGCAGUGAUUCAUCUUUAUAGAGUGUCCAUUACCUGUAAACAACAGUUGCCCUGAAGUGUCAAACAAAAGCUGCAGAUGUUUAACUUUACCUAAUUAAAAAGGUGAAAUGGAAACAGCAGAUGCAGGCGGGGUUUUUAUCUAUAAGAACAUUCACACAUGGUCCUUUUGGGUUAGAAAUGGCACAAAACCAAAAGCUAAGUUUAAACAGAUUUAGUUAUGUAACGGGAACCAGCUAAAUACCCUAUCGGCUCAGAGAGUUGGUCUCACUUCAUGUGUGUUUGUUUGCAGAACAACAUGGGAAAUCUCCUGUUGCGCCUGGGUUCUGUGAAGUAUUUAUUGAUCAAAAAAAGCUGCAGGUAGUUCUACUUCCUCAAUCAGGAGCUCAAGAAAUGAAGAGGGAGACAAAGCAAAGGUGGAUUGAAAACCUCUCUGUGAGUUAGCUUUUCACCAAAUCAGCUCUUUGGUGAGUAAUGGAAAUCAUUGCAAAUCUUAACAAAAAGUCAAAUAUGAGAGAAUGGUAAGAAAUUGUAAAAUUGGAGUCCAUCUAGCUGGAUGGAUGGUUUGGCUUGAAUUUUUCCUUUUACGUUUCACCAAAUGGAGUUACGAUUUCAAAAAAGAAUAUGUUAUUGCUGUUGAAUCAUUCUGUCCAGGUUUGAGCUAUUCAAACUUGGACUGAUCUCAAUCUUAGGCAAAAUAAUAAUAAAAAAAAACAAUGCUGAAAAAAAUAUGCUCCUUUGUGUGUGCAGAGAAAGACUUACGGAUUAAUAAUAAAAGCAUGGAACAGUUCAACAAAUAGUAACUCUUAGAUUCUGAAUUAGAGAUGAGAUGCUGACCUGGCCAUUUAAAAACCAAAAACAGCGUAAAAUCCCUUUAGAGGUCUUGACUUAGGCCUCAACUUCAACAUUGCUGUUUAACCCCUUGCGCAGGGGUUAUUUUCUAAUAGCGCUUACACUUUGCAUAGUUGC